ACGAUUAUCGUUCGCGCCGUCCGUUCGUUGGUUUAGUUGCUCUACUAGCACAGCGCAGCACGUUGCAGCAGGCUUAAAGUUUAAGUUUUAGCCGUGUCCGAGUCAGGUCGAGUCGUCGUCGUCGUCAUCGUCGUCAGGUUGAGUUGUGGUGUGCCGAUCUUGAAGGCGAAAACCGAGCCGAAGGUGCACACAGUGUCCGAGGGUGGUCAGAAGUUUUGUGCGCGCGCGCGUGUGGAGCCGAGUUGGAUCGACGCGGCCGUUGGCUGGUUUACUCUUGAAGUGUCUCUCUAGCGAGCAAGUUGCCUUUUCCCGAGCCGCCCUCUCGGUUGGAGAAGAAACGGAAAUCGAUAUAGUUGGCUCACCAUCCCGUCUCCGUUUAUCGUAGUUAUAGUUUUCUGCAGUUGCGCAGCACAACCCAUCCUAACACACACAAACACACAAAAUGAAGAAACUGCUGCAGGUGACAGUCGUGAUAGCGUGCGUCAGUGCGCUGGCCGUGAUGGCCAUCCCAGUGCCAGAACCGGACCCGAACCCAGCGCCUGCACCAGCGCCCGCGCCGGAACCAAAGACCGACAUCGAACUGAUGAAGAUUCCCCUGGAAGGGGAUCAGGAGCUAGACGUCAUCACGCUGGUCGACUCCGGUGAUCAGAAGAUCAACGAACGAAACAAAAGAACGAUCGGCAUCCUUCGGGAGCUGUUCCCAACGAUCUCGCAGAUCACCUCCAACCAGGACAUGAACACGCUGGAAUCGCUGGAUCUGGCCGGACUGAGUGACACCCUGAAUGCGAUCCGCAAGGCCCGGGCCACUGAUCAGGACGUGAAAUCGGUCGGGGAAAACGACGAACCGAGCGACUCGUCGGCCAAGAGCUCUGCCCUGGACGAACUCUCGCUGGACUCCGAAGGCAACGACGAGGAUCGCAACAAAAGAUUUCUCUUUGGCGGUUCCUCGGGCGGAGCCGGCGGUUCCGGAAACUUCCUUUUUGACAUCAUCCGUCAAACGGCCGAUCGUGCCGCACGUGCUGCCGGAACCGUGUACCGUGUCGUCGCUGGCACCGAGUCAUUGACCACCGACCAGAACAACAACAACAAGAACAAGAACGACGAAGGACGACUUUCGCCGACCACUAGUUACACUUCCUCCUCUUCUAGCCACUCUGCGCUCGUCUCGGGCAGCUCCGGUACCGAACAGAGCGACGAAAAGGCCAACUCCCCCGAUGACGACCACGAACUCGGCAAGGGAGACGGCUACACCGAGGGAAUCCCCGGACCGGUAACGCGCCUGUUCGUCCUCGCCAACCGUGGCCUGUCCAACCUGAUUCAGGAUUUGAUUCUG